UGUGACGUCAUCAUUCCAAACAGACCGAGAAGGGAGAGACAGUCGAGCAAGGAACAUCGCCCUUUUCUCCCCUUUUCAGUCAUGGAUUCGGACGAGGAGUAUCUUUACGACUGUGACAGCGGGAACGAGUCGAGUGGGGACGACGUGGGCCUGGAAUUUGAGAUAGAAGGGGAAGGGGAGUCAGGCAGCAGCAGGUACAGAGAGACCACUGAGAACUACCCUUAUGAAGUGCUUUCUACCGAGGAUAUCACCAGACACAUGAUAGACUGCAUCAAGGAGGUCAACAGCGUGGUCAAUAUUCCUGUAACAACGACAAGAAUAUUGCUAAAUCACUUCAAAUGGGACAAGGAAAAGUUAAUGGAGAGGUUUUAUGACGGUGACCAGGAAAAGCUAUUCUCCGAGGCCCAUGUUGUCAGUCCUUUCAAGACACCUAGUAAAUCUCAGAGGGUUCCAGUCAAAACAAGUAAUGGAAUGGAGGAAUGUGAAAUCUGCUUCCUAAACAUGCCUUCUGCUAUGAUGACUGGAAUAGAGUGUGGACAUCGUUUCUGCACUAAUUGCUGGACUGAAUACUUGACCACCAAGAUCAUUGAUGAAGGCAUGGGACAGACCAUCUCCUGCGCUGCACACUCCUGCUCCAUCCUUGUGGAUGAUCACACGGUCAUGAGGUUAAUUGUUGACCCCAAAGUCAAACUCAAGUACCAGCAUCUCAUCACUAAAAGUUUUGUUGAGUGUAACAGACUGCUGCGUUGGUGUCCAUACCCAGACUGUAACUAUGCAAUCAAGGUGCAAUACCCAGACGUCCAGCCAGUCAUGUGCAAGUGUCGCAAUGUGUUCUGCUUCAACUGUGGUGAGAAUUGGCACGACCCAGUCAAGUGUCACCUCCUGCGGCACUGGAUUAAGAAGUGUGAUGAUGACUCUGAGACUUCCAACUGGAUUGCAGCCAACACAAAGGAAUGUCCCAAAUGUAAAGUGACAAUAGAGAAGGAUGGAGGGUGUAAUCACAUGGUGUGCAAGAAUCAGAGCUGUAAAGCAGAUUUCUGCUGGGUCUGUCUUGGGCCUUGGGAACCCCAUGGCUCCUCCUGGUAUUCCUGCAAUCGCUAUGAUGAGGAUGAAGCCAAGCAGGCCCGGGAUGCACAAGAGAAGUCUCGGGCAGCCCUUCAGCGCUACCUGUUCUACUGCAACCGCUACAUGAACCACAUGCAAUCCCUCAAGUUUGAGCAUAAGCUGUAUGCCUCAGUCAAGGAGAAGAUGGAGGAGAUGCAGCAACACAACAUGUCUUGGAUAGAGGUCCAGUUCCUCAAGAAAGCUGUAGACAUCCUGUGUGAGUGCCGACAGACCUUGAUGUUCACUUAUGUGUUUGCCUAUUACUUGAGGAAGAACAACCAAUCCGUAAUAUUUGAAGAUAACCAGAAGGAUGUUGAAAGUGCCACAGAGACCCUCAGUGAGUACCUUGAGAGAGACAUUACACAGGAGAAUUUGGCAGACAUCAAGCAGAAGGUCCAAGACAAAUACAGGUACUGUGAUCAGCGGCGGAGAAAGCUCCUGGAACACGUUCACGAAGGUUACGAGAAGGAUUGGUGGGAAUACUCGGAGCCCUAGUAGGAACACAACACCUACCACCUCGGUGCAGCAGUAGUGUCCCUUCUGUUACUCCCUAGUCCUGCGCUGGGGUCUUGGUGGGGCGUGUGUGUGGGUGCGUGCAUGUGUUUCAGUGUGCGUGUGGUGGGUGAGGGUGAGCGUGCCUCCAAAGAUGAGUGCUCUGUGAAACCCCCUCCUCCAAAGUCACUGUAUUGAUUGGAGCCCCACCAUCAGUCUUCAAAGCUACUAUAUAAGUGCUCUCCCCCAACAAUUGACCCCAUUAGGAACUUUUAGUAAUUCAUAGAAAAUGAUGUUAAUAAGGAUGGUUGAGGUUAGAGAUGAGGCUCUGAGAGUACUACUAGUUGUUCCUAACAUUCCUCACAUGUCUCUAGCCCAAAGUCAUGUUUGGGGCUUGAAAUUUAGUCCUUUGAACCAUUAUUGGCUUGUUGGAUUAUUUGUUUCUUUUGUCCAUGCCUGAUUUUCUAUCAGGUCAGGGCAUUGCAUUAGUUAUAUCACAAAAUUGCAUUUUUUUUUUUUUUUUUUUUUUUUUUUUAAUGUAUCUGGUAUAUACUGAAACCAUCCCCAUCCAGAAGUGACUCGUUGCAACUUUUCAAUUGUUUAAUUUUCCUGCAUUACAUUUCCCAUGUACAUUGAAGUAAGUGUUGUGUGUCUUUUAUUUUCUUAAUACAGUAUUACUGUAUCUCAUAAGCUCAGGUUCAUGUAUAAACAAAAUAAUAUGUUACAUUUUCUUUUCAAUAAAUAUCUUUUCUGUAGUAUGGCAUAUACCACAUAAGGAAUACUGAAUUCAUCACAAAAGAAAAUGCUCUACUUUUGAAAGAAAUAUAUUUUUAGUUUUAAGUAAAUUUGUUUUGCAUUAUGAUGAUUCAGUUCAGGAGUCAGAAUAAGUAUACAUUUGAAUGAACAAACUGUCUUGGCAUUUAAAAUACUUCAUUUCUAGAAAAUCCACAAUUUCAGAAUCUUUUAAGAAAAUAAUAGACCACAGUACAUAUAUAUUGGGAAAAUUUUUUUUUUAAUAGUUUAGUUUCUAUCCAAAGUUCAGAGUUCUGUUAAUAUGUUCAUAAUGGUUAGAGAGGAGUCAUCUUGUGGCCACAGUCCCAUGUUAGCAGCAGCCCCAGGUGCAGUGGUAGCCUGGGUGGUGUCAAUAAGUGGCAUACACCGGUAGUUUUGUGCCUCAGAUGGAGGAGUGGGAUAGUCCAUUUGUUUGUGGAAUAUCAUAGGUAGAUUGUUAUAUAUAUGAAAGAUAAUGUGAAUAGAUACCUGAUGGCUAAUAAUAUGAUAAUGCAGCUGAAAGCGGAUUAAUUUCAUGACCAUAAUUUGUACAUAGCCUUUCUUUUCCAGCCUGGCAUAGAGUUAACAGGGACUGAAUUCAGGAGCCAUUCUAAGAGUCUCAUGUUUUCCUGUUAAAUUAUUUAGAUUCAUAGAUUAUUAGUUGACAGAUUGCCUAGGUUCCUAGGAAAACAACAAACAAACAAAAAUAUGUAAUUAGAUAAAAAAAAAAAGCAUGUGCUGGCUGUAUUGAUGAUGCUAUAAAUCUGUUUUGAAGUGGAUAUAACUUAAAAGCUUUAGCUACAAACUCUAUUCUCUGCAAGAGUGUGGCAGCUUGUUGCCACUCUGGGGUCUAGAUACUCCUUGUCAUGUGGUUUCUGCUGCUGCAACUCAGUAUUAUCCAUUAAGAGGUCCUCAUUAUCUGCAUCAGUUGACUUAAUUCACAUGGUACUUGGCACUCUGUAUAAGUUAUAUUUGUGCCUGUGUUUGUGCUGCAUGGGCAAACCUGCAUUGCAUUACCAGGUUCCAGCAUUUUGUACAUUGUGUGCCUUGACCUAGUUUAUACAUAAAUACCUUGUUUUCUACUGCUGUUACAAAAAAAAAAAUCUGGCAAAUGAGGUGAUGUCAACUGUGCAAACUCGGCAAACUGGGUUGGUACACUAUAUUUCAAGUGGUCUCACCCUCACUUGGCUCAAAACUCAGUGGUGCCUGUGGACGUGGCUGGAAUCAUCUGCCGAACAGUACAUCUGAAAGAAGAGAACAACAGAAAAUGCUAUUUCAUAUUUCUAAGCAAACUACAAAGUGUCACAUGUUUCAUAAAGUUGUUGCUUAGACAAAAUAUAGGAGCCUUUCAAAGUGGGUCUUGUGUUCCUACUUACUGGUGUUGCCUGAGAGGUUUGUAAGAAUGGUAGUCCUGAAUGCUGUUCUUCACAACAUCAUGUUUAUAUCAGUGUAAGUAGUGGUCAAACCACAAACUCAUAAUCACUGUAUAGAAACUUCUACCACCAGUUACUAGUGAAGAUGUGUGUAUUUUAGGUUUGAACAUCUUUGUACAGUUCUUUUUACAAAUAUAUUUUAUUUUACCCACAUUAAAAGUAGAUUUUUUGUCAUAUAUAUCAAUUUUAUGUUGACUCAGCAUAACUCUGUGAUUUUCAGAACUUUUUGACAGGAUCUUGCAUUUUGUACAGCAGUGUAAAGUACAUUGCUUCCUUCAUGUGAACUGUAGCAUUUCUGUGGAAGUGUAUUAUUGUUGGUCUGGCUCUGUUUACAUCCUGGAGCUGGAUUAUACCAGGGCAAAUGUGGCCAGGUUUUCAUCUUUAAUGAAUCAGUGAUGUGAUGUAUCAUAAAAUUGCUUGUCAAGAAGUUCUGGUGUAUAGUUUUAGAUUAUUUAAUUGCUCUGGUUCAAUUAUACAAAUUCACGAGAUUUUCAUUAAAUUGUAGUGAUAACUAUUAUGCUUACCUGCCUUGAGAAUAGUGGUUGGCCCUUGUGUGGCAGUGGUAGGAAUGUAACUACAGCUGAUGCUUCAACUUUGGUAUGUUUUUAUACAGGGAUAUAAUUCUGGAUCACAGUUAAUGAGUGAAUGGUGAUAUACAUUUAUUGAGGCAUAGCAGGCAGCUACUCAACCAACCACUUAUUAUUUCACAAACAUAUGUAAAUAAAGAUAAAUAUAUAGAUAUUAUAUAGUGUGAAUUUUUCCUAGGAAUUACAAUGAAUGGGAAAAGAAAAAUGUGUCUUGAGCUUCCUUCAUGAUUGCAUGAUUUUGCUUUGAAAAUUUAAUACCAAACCUUUUCUUUCUCAUGAGGUGUAUGAUAAAAGUGGACUGAAGAUAUGUACAAGAUGCCAUUCAGGCUCUAUGGAAUAUGUUCCCUUGCAGAAUGUUGUUUACAGAGAGCUUGCAUACCAUGUUUUGCUUUGGAGUGGUUAUGUUAUCCAUUUACCAAGAGAAACUAGUAAGAAUGUAAUACCCAGUAAGACCAAUGCCAGUGUUAUUAGUGUUUGAGUACCAGUUCAGUCAUUAUUUAUCAUUGUAUAAUACAGGGAAAAGCAUUUGUUAUUACAAGCUCAGAAUCACUGAUAGUUUCAUGUUAUGUACAGCGCAUAUCACAUAGUGUAAAGUGAAAGAACAGUACCAUAACAUUUUGUAUGCACUUUAUAAAGUUUUUGUAUCAGCUUAUUGUAUGGCAUGAGGUUCAUUUUGUGCUUGUUGUCAUGAUUCAGAGGCAGACUUUGUUAAUGCUAUUGCAAUUGUCUCUCCCUGUGUGUUGCUGUGAGUUGAGCUUUAGAGUAUCAGUGAGUAUUAACAUCCCAUCAGAGUAAGUGGGCACACUGCACAAGCCAUCACCACCUAUGGUUGCCUCACUAUGGCCUGUGCAUUUCAUAGAUCUUGUUGUCCUGUUUGAAGAAAAGUGUUCCUUGCAGUGCUAGUUUUGCUCUCUUUUGUUACUGAUUUCUUUAGUUUCAUGUAAGAGAUUUAGUAUUGGUGCAAUAAAAGACGAAAAAAAAAAAAGGAUAUGUAAACUAUGAUUUGAUAUUUAAAUGUGAUGAGCUUAUUGGUGUAUUUUAAUGGCUUAGACUCCACCAAAGGUUUUUGUUUUAUGCAAGUGCUCCAUUGACAAUGCAAAUAUGUGAUGAUGAAAUGUGUCAGUGUUUGAUAGGUGUUUUAUCAAAAGGUAUUCAUGACAAGGUAUUGUCUCAGUCAUGUCAUGGGAAGCGUUAUGUGUUAAUGUAAUAACUUUUUUUUUUAUGCAUUUCUCAUAUUGUUGUAUUUGGAAUCAGUAUCAGACUUAUGCCACAAAAUACAUGCAAAAAACAAAAAAAAAAUCUAAAUAUUGACAUGGAUGAAAUAUUUAUUAUCUGUUGUUGCUUUAGUAAGCCACAACCACAUACUCUAACUAUUAAAUUUCCCUUUAUUUAGUAGUUCGUAUGUUCCUUUGGUACAUUUUUAUAUUUACAUAAUGUACGGCAAGAAUGCAAAUGUAUUAGUUUGCCAGGCACGGCAUUGUAAAGGCUUUGACAAUUAUUAUGACUUGCUCUUUUUAUUAUUUUCUUGACAUUUUAUUUAUUUCAUGUGUAUUUUCAUGCAUUUCUGUAUUGAUAUAUUGAUGUCCUCUUCCCAAGGUCUCUAUCUGAAAGUUAUCAAACCCUGCAGUGUGAAACCUUGCAAACUUAAGGUCUUGAUGGUGAACUGCAGUGUAUUGUGCCCACCACUAAAUUGUCCCUGAAGUUAGUUAUGCUGUACAUAAGGGAGCAAGUGAAAGGUACAGAGUUAGAUGUUUUGGGAGAGUUUGUUAGUUUAUUCUUUGUUUUCUUUUAACUGAGUUUGACUUUGAAAUAGUAAUUAAAUAAUUGUUGCUGAUGAUUAAAGAGACUUUCUGGGACAUUAAACAUUGAUUAAACAUUAAACAUUUGUAUCCCAGAAUAACUUUUAUAUAUAUAUAUAUAUAUAUAUAUAUAUAUAUAUAUAUAUAUAUAUAUAUAUAUAUAUAUAUAUAUAUAUAUAUAUAUAUAUAUAUAUAUAUACUAUUGGAGACAAUUUUAUACACAUACACAUACAAGCACAUAUAUACAUUCAUACCUACAAAAGUGACAAUGGGAAACACCGGAAUAAUAAUGACUUGCAUCACUGGAACUCCCAUUAGGAGGAAAUUAUGUUAUCUUGUGAAACUAUAACAGUAACAUACACUCCAUGUUGGACCUUAAAUUCCAGUUGAGGCUUCACCCAGAGGUUUUUAACUCAAUUUGUGAUGCAGCCUGACCAUCACUGCGCAUUGCCUCUUAAGUUAAGUUAAUAGCUGUCUAUGUUUAGCUGCCUCUGAAUCUGGAAUAGUUUAAUUUUUCAACUGUCAUGAACUGCACUGUGCCUAUAAAACUCAAGUGGUGGCAGUUGUUUAUUCUGUGAUACGAAAAGUCUUCAAAAUGUGUUAUUUUGAUUGGUUGAAAGAAAUGUUCAAUGUUUUAAGGACGACAUGCCUGAAAAUAGAUUCAGUUAUUAAGAUUUUGUGAUUUCUCUCUCUCUCUCUCUCUCUCUCUCUCUCUCUCUCUCUCUCUCUCUCUCUCUCUCUCUCUCUCUCUCUCUCUCUCUCUCUCUCUCUCUCUCUCUCUCUCUCUCUCUCUCUCUCUCUCUCUCUCUCUCUCUCUCUCUCUCUCUCUCAUGGUAACUUUAUAUGCAAAGGAAUUAUCAGAUAGUGCUACACUUUAACUUACUCUAUUCACACACACAUGCACAGACACACAUAUACACAUUUUGUUUCAUCACUAAUUUAUGUAUAUGUAGCCUACUCAAGAUAAAAGAAAGAAAAUCAGUAAUUGUCCACAAAAUCAUUGUUCAUCUGUCAGAUCCAAGAGUAUAUUAUGGUGUAAGCCAAGCUGUGUGUUAAGUUGUACUGCCUAAUCAUAUUCCAUAACACUACAUCUUCCCUUCCCACUAAUGCCUCCCUAACAUAGCCUUGCACAUUGAAAAGUUUAUACAUAUACCUUAUACUCAAACUUAAAAUAUAGCCAAGCACCACUUCCUCCUCUGUCCCCAACUAAACUUAACUAAUAUAAACUUCAUUCCCAUUUUCCCUCCUGUUAACUUGUGCUGUUCUCAAAUAUGUCUUUCUCUUUCUCUUUUUGUUAUUUAUUUCUGUACUCUAUCCUCUUACCACUUAUCCUGCCUCAUUUUUCAUCUUCAGCCUCUAAUCCAUGCAUCUUUCAUCCUUCUCUCACUCCCAUCUUACUCUAUUAUCCAUAUUCUUUUACGAGUUAAUCCUUUCUUCUCAUUCCCUUAUACUCCUCACCCUUCUUACUCUAUUUUUAUUUCCUAGAAUCAUUCAUCUUUUUCCUUUCAUUCCUAUUUUGUCUUCACUGUCUGUUUUCUGUUGUCAAUCAUUCUUUUACUCUAAUUCUUGCAUUUCUCAUCUUAUAUCUUUCCCUCACACUCCAGUCAUCUGAUCACUCCCUCUUUCUAGUCGGCCGCCCAUGAAAUAUUAAUCGCCGUCACCAAGUAACUCAGAUGUCAUUCAGUCCACUCAUAUUGUAGCAACAUUGAGCCGACCCACUUCAGCUAACAGGCCCUCCCAGCAGUGCCAGAGCCAAUGGUGUAUGCAUGUGGUUGUGGUAUACAGUGUGUGAACGUGUGUACAUAUUACUGAGAAAUAUAUUAGCCAACUUU